AACAACCAUCAAUAACAUCAACAAUCAUCUUUAUUUUUUGUACAAACAAGUAAAUUUGUAUUGAUUUAAAUUUAAUUUAUUAUUAUCAUCAUAAUUUAUCAAUCACAAACAUCAACAGACAAAGCAAAAUACUAUGAGUUCAGAGGUAUCCAAUAUUGAAGCCACAAAAAUGGAACAAGCCGCUCAAAGUGACGUUGUUCAGUUUAAUGAAUCAAAAAUCAUUUGUAAAAAGUGUUCUUGUUUAAUUCUGAGACCAAAGCAAGCCAAAUUUAUCGAGAAGAAGAUUGAACUACCUGUUGUAGCGACUCGAAAAGACGAAGAUUGUGUCAAAGAAGUGUUAAACAAUCAUCUUUUGGUUGAAAGCAUCUACACCUAUGAAAAUAUGGGAUUCAGUAAUACGGUUGAAGGUGUUAAAUACUUAGUUUGUGCUGAAUGUGAAUAUGGCCCUGUUGGUUGCAUGAACAACAAUGAAAAAACUUCAUUUCUAUCAUUGGAUCGAGUUAUUCAAGAGAAAGAAUGAUAUUAACAAUGUUGACCGCUUAAGCUUCGCUAUACUCUCAAUUUUUGUACAUCGGUAUUUUUUAUCAGGUUUUCUUUGAUUGUCACCAAUAAUUAUAUUAAUGAAAAAACAAUUGUUUAAUAUAUUGCUCAUUCCAUUUACGAAUGCUAAACAUUAAUAAUAACCCAUGAAAUUGAAAAAUGUU